AGCAUUGGCGCAAGUCGGAUGGCCGUACGUGUGUUUCUCCAACACACCACCCGACCUUAAGCACCACAGACACCGCUCGGUCGCUCGCUGAGGCAGACGCACCCGCCAGCAGCCCUUUCAGAGAUAAUGUAUAAGUGAUGAGGCUAAGGGCUGCCGAAAGCUGUUAUUGCCUGAUAUUUGCCCUCGCCGAACCGCAAUGACAGCUAUCAAUGCUCGACGGAUAGGCAGCGCGGUUUUGUGUUGUCUUUUAGUGCAGCUGCUGACCAGCGGGCAUGAUGUUUUGGCCGCCGACUCAGACACCACUGCAGUGGGCGCCGAAGCCACCCCUCCGUCCCCCACGGACGGCUUCGAAACAGGCGGGGGAGAUAAGAAGUUCGGCGACAGAUGCGAGAGUUCAUCGGAAUGCGGGGUAAGGGGUGGUUUUUGCGACCCAUCCAAGAAGACCUGCCAGUGCAAGCCAGAAUUUCAAGUCACUAAUCACAUAGACAGAUGCGGCAGAGAGGCGUCCGUGAACGAGAGCUGCUACUUCAACGAGCAAUGCGAGAACGUGCUGUACAACACUGAGUGCAGGGACAACCGGUGCGUCUGCAGGUUUGAGAUGACCGCCGUCUACAACUCUGACGGCACCGUCAAAUGCGUCUCCAAGCCCGAGGCGCCCCGGGACGAGCCGCACGUUGAUCCAGCCAUGAUCGGAGUUCUGGUCGGCCUCGGUCUCAUGUUUGUCAUAAUGUGCGUCGUCUUGCGGCUGUUCAGCAAGGCUCGCUGGCGCGGCGAGAACCGGACUAUCUUCAACACGCCGAACCCGCGGCUGAUGAACGUGUCCCUGCUGGACAGCAAGCUGCUGCACGGCGGCAACCUGGAGCGACGGGCGAGCCGCGGCAGCGUGCGCGGCGCCCCCAGCAGGCACGCCAGCAUGACCUCGCUGCGGCCGGCCAAUUCACCGACGGGCUCUCGCCGGGGCAGUGGUGGAAGCAACGGGUCCACGCCGAAGUCGCCCAAGGAGAAGAAGAUCGUCGAGGAGCACGGCGACAACAACCACCACCCAGUGGGCACCGUGACCGUUGAAAUGACACCACCGGCCCAGCUGAACCAGCCUGAGAAGCAUGAGGUCUAGGGCGUCACUCCGCAACCUUUUGGAAAGCCAAGUUCAAAAAGUACUUAAAUAAUACCUUUCUGAGUCAGCUACGGAGAUUAACAACUAGAAAAAAUACUACUUAAUUAAAAUUAAAAAAAAAAAAUACUAUGGGCGAGACUCACUCCACUCUGCAGUAGAAAUGAGUAUCAAUUACGGUAAAAUUAAUUACAUACAUAAUUACGAUUAUUCUCUACUUGUGCAUUCCCAGAAUUAAAUUAUUAAUUAAUCACAGUCAAGCGAUCGAAGAAGAGCAGAACGAUUUUUAGCAAAAUGAGGAGCCUAGCGUAACAUGACAUAAUUAUUGGCCGGAGAUUUUAAUUAAUUCCAUAUAUUGACAGCCAGCAGUUAAUUAACCAGUAAUCAGUAAUAACCGAGUAUAAUAUUUAUGAAAGAUUUAAGGCAAAUGAUGUGUAACGAUACAAUAGAAUAAAUACAAUCAACUCUUUACUUUCUACCCUUUGAUCCCAAUUAAAUAAGAUGUACCUCCUCCUGAAAUAAAAUUUGUGGCGUAAAAUUAUUUGUGUGGUCCGAAUAUUUUAGCUUCAAACGUAGAGAUUACAGAUUGCAAUAGAACAAAAACUGCAAACAUUCAACGAUGAAAAGAAAACUUUUUCAACGCCUGCUAAACUCUCUAUUGCUAUGAUAAUGUUGAUUACUGCUCUCCUAGCCUCUUUGCAAUCUUCAGCUCCUCUCGAUGAUGGAAUAUAAAAAACUGCUAUCAGCGCGAAAAUAAACAUACAAAUCACGUGUUUUUUUCUCCGAGUGCCCGAUUUUCAAGCAUUUCAGUUUGCACAUAAUGUAAAAGAAAAAAAUACUCUGCAUACAUUUUUUGCGUCCUUUCUUCUUCAGCACAACGUCCAGUUAUAUUAUAUUAUUAAUAUACUUGAUAAAAAUGAAAAAUGCAACCUAAAGUAAGAUUAAUUAAAACAAAAAAAGAAACGCGAGACUUAACAAAAGAAUAAAGAGAUGACCAAAACGAGAAGAAUGUGUACUUUAACAAAAAUCACUGUAAGAGCAUGGUGUGUGUGCAAGAAAAAAACAUGAUUUUGAUGAUUCCGUGCCUCUUCGAUGAUGAAAUGAUAAUCAAAUUUUUAAAACGCAAUACACACGUGACGAUAUAUCACUACUUUUGAUUUCCCAUUCACCGCUGAAUUGUUGAUUUAAAAUCAUCAGUUUGUGUGUGCCAUCAUCCUUAAAAAUCGAACUAUUACACAUGGACAUCUCUCUUUCUCAUUACUAUGUUAGCUCCGCUUAUGGGCCGAGACUCGUUUCGGCCGCUGAAGAAAAGAUAUCGCGCAUAAAAGUAGCCUUCAUAAACUGUAUUACGCGACUUAAAAUUUACAUAUAUAAAUAAUAUCCUGCUGCUAUGAUGUAAGUGAUAUUUUAGAUAAAAUCUAUAAAAGUUUUAAGUAUAUUUCAAUGAGAAAAAAAACACUUACUUCCACACUCGAUGGAGCGUUUUGAAAAUAAUUUGCUAAGGAGGACAACCAAAACCAUACACAUAAUUGAAAACACUAUCCUAGAUCGAUGGAGCAAAAAAAUUAGAAAAGCAAGUUUAACUCGAUAAUCUCUUUUUAUAAAGUAAUUCGUUAAUGUGAUAGUUGAGCACAACUCUCUGGAUAAUUAUAUAUUAACUAAAAUCGCUAAAACGCAGAAACUUUCAAGCAUAAUAUAUAAAGUACAUGUAGCUUAAGAAAAAGAUGAAUGUUUAAUUAAAGGCACAUGCACUCAAAUCUCAAAAUUGGAACCCGGUGCCAACCAGCCAAAAUUCGCAACAAUGGACGUGGCCGACGCAUUACUAAGAAUUAAACGCGCUUUGCAGCAGAUUGCCCACCAAUUACCUUUUCUCUAAUUAACGAUGUAAUAACGAUUAAAGUAUUGAUCACUGACUUCACACACAACACACACACACGUGCACCUAGGUGUUGAAGGUAAAUCUAAUUAUUAAGCGAAUAACAAGUAAUUAAUAAACUAAAUAAACGACUCACAUGAACAUACACUCAUUGAAAGCACCCUUGUUGUCUCACACGCGAAACUCACACACACACACAAUCCACUUUCGAUGAUAUGACCUAUUUCUUGUAUAACCUUAGGCGGAAUCUCGUAAUUUUAAGGCGGCUGGUCGAAUAAUCUGGCGGCGGUCUUGGGGAAGAUCGCGGCCGUGUUUAUUCUCGCCACUUUCAAGCGCGUCCCUGGUUGCGUAUUUUCUGGGCCGGUUGAUCCACAAAAUUAUUUAAAAAAAAAAUCAAGCACAAAUUUUCCAGACGAAAAAUUUGCUUAGUUCGUUCAGCCAGCAAAGUAGCAAACGCAGAGCAGAAGCACUGCUGUACCGUAGGUGAACACACACGACCAAUUGUAUUAAAUUAUGAUUAUCGUUAAGAUUAUGGACAAGCUCUUUUCUCCUGCUUCUCUCUUUCGAUCCAGAAUAAAAAAGUAUAGCCUAAUUCUCCUCUCACAAAGCAAAAUACGACACACAAAAAGACAGGAAAGAACGAUCUCUUCUUACUAUACAAAAAUAUAUCAUAUAUUGUACGGAAAAAAAUUAUGAUGGCUUUAAAACACGAUUUGAAUCAACGUACCACUCACAACACACGACAUUUCCAUUUUAAUGUGUAAGCUCAAAGUACUAUUAUUACUAUACAAAAUAUUAUCCAAGGAUAUAUUGUAACGAUUGUAGGCCCUCUUCACCGAGUUUGUUUAGCGAUUAGACGCGGAGGAGAAUAAAAAUGUAUCAAGGAAUAAGUGCCGAAAAGGUUUGAAUUUUUGUAUCAAGGGGAAGAGAUGCAAAAUUGCCUACUUUUUCGAAACGGGGGUCCCUAGGGAUGCCCUCGGAGCGCGCUGCUGUAGUCCGGUCAAGAAGACGAGAGAGUUUGAUUCGAUUCAUUCUUUGUAAUUGUAUGGUGGUAGCGAGUAGAUUUUCUACUGCAAGUACUAACCACGUGCGUGUAUUUCUAAUGCUAAUUACAUUUAUGGUGUACUGCUCUAUCGACAUAUUUAACAGAGGAAAAUAGUGGAUACUGUAUUACAGUUAAUAUAUUACGACAUAUUUCUUGUACUGUCCAAAUAAUUCCACGCGUCAUUUACCAAACACCCUUGAAAUAUGACGAUGCUACUUAAAUAUUAUCUUCACACUCUUUGGAAAUAAAAAUUUGUCCAGCGUGAA